AUGCGGUCCGCGCAGAACAGCGUCGUGUCCGAGUACAAGGUCGCGGCGACGCCCAAGUGGGACGAGAACGCCGACGAUGCUGUCGCCAACGAAGCCAAGCACGCAGCCGAGUUCGAGGUCAUUACGUCGGGCCUCGAGCACCCGCAGGUGACGAUCAAGUCGCUCGUCGUCGGCACGAUUAUGGGCACGUUUACGAGCGUCCUCGCCAUGUACUACAGCCUCAAGCUCGGCGUUACACCGUCGCUCAACGUGCUUUCGGGCAUCGGUGGCUUCAUGCUCUGCCGCGCCUUGAUGAAGACGCAGUUCUUUGGCAAGCACUUUACCGUCCAAGAAAACGUCGUGAUCCAGACGUGCGCGGUCGCGUGCAUGAGUUUGGCCAGCCAGGCCGGGUUUGGCUCUGGCAUCCUCGGCCUCACGGAGAACGUCUUCCUCAUCAUGGGCAACACGACGUACGCGGGCAACCUCGCGUCGGAUGUCAUCGACUUUACGUGGCUCCGCUCGUUUGGGUGGUGCGCGAGCAUCGCUCUCUUCGGCUUCUUCAUCUCGUUCCCGCUCCGCCGCAAGUUUAUCAUCGAGAUGCGCCUCCUCUUCCCGAGCGGUACGGCCACCGCGGUCAUGAUCAAGACGCUCCACACGUCCAAGGAGGCCGUCGAGUACCAAUGGAACGUGCUCCUCAAGUCGGGCGUGUUUGCGUACGUCUGGAGCAUCUUUGUGUUUUGCUUCAACGGCCUCGGCGAGUUCCCGAUCUUUGGCGAGAAGGCCGCGGGCUUUACUCGUGGAAACGACAACGACGUGCUCUCCAAGGCCCAGCGCCAGGCGUACCUCGACAAGAUCUUCGAGUCGGCGCACAUCCCGACGUGGUCGUGGGUCGGUGGCCUCGUCGUCUUUGCUACCGUUUCCGUCGUCGUCAUCUCGCUCAUGUUUGAGACCGUCAAGUGGUACAAGGUGCUCGUGUGCUGCCUCCUCAUCCCGAUCUUCGCCAUCGGCAUCGUCCAGGGCACGGGUAUGACCGACUGGAACGUCUCGAGCGCCGUCGGCAAGCUCAUUCUCUUUGUCAUUGGCUCGUGGACCGACGGCAACGACAAGUCGAUCAUUGCGUCGCUCAUUUUGUGCCAGAUGGUCAUCGUGGGUUGCUCGCAGGCCGCCGACCUCAUGCAGGACUUCAAGACCGGCUACCUCGUCGGCGCGUCGGCCAAGUCGAUGAUCAUCGCCCAGAUCUUUGGCGCGUGCAUGUCGUGCCUCGUCGUCCCGACCGUCUGGGUGCUCAUGAACGAUGCGUACACGCUGCCCGGCCCGCUCCUCAAGGCGCCGUUCGGCGAGGUAUACCGCGUCAUGGCCAUUACGGCCACCGUCGGUCUCUCGGGCCUGCCCACGUACUGCGGCUACUUCAUGCUCGUCGGCGUCGUCUACACGAUCGUGUUCAAUUUGUACAUUGACAACUUUUCCGAGUCCAAGAACAAGGUGCUCAACGUCAUCGCCAACCACUGCCCGCUCCCGAUGGCCGUCUCGAUCGGUAUGAUUGUGCCCGCCAGCUUCGGCCUCGAAGGCAUGAUCAUGGCCGGUAUCAUCGCGUACUGGAAGUCCAAGGACGAAGACUCGUUCGAGAAGACGCAGUACAUCCUCGCCGCGGGCCUCAUGACCGGUGAGGGCUUCUCGGUCCUCACGCAGAUCAUCGUCACGCUCUGCGGCGGCAGCGCGCCCGUCCAGGUGUCGUAUGCCAUGACGCCGUAA